AUGGCUGCUGUCAUCUCAGAUAGUCCUCCAAACCCAAGCUGCAAAAUCAUGACUUUUAGGCCUUCGAUGGAUGAAUUCAGGGAGUUCAACAAAUACUUAGCAUACAUGGAAUCACAAGGUGCUCAUAAGGCUGGAGUUGCAAAGGUUGUCCCACCGAAGGAGUGGAAGCCAAGAAAGCAUUAUAAUGAUAUUGAAGAUUUGGUGAUUCCUGCGCCAAUUCAGCAGAUGGUUACUGGCCAGUCAGGGCUCUUCACGCAGUACAACAUUCAGAAAAAGCCAAUGACAGUGAAGGAGUUCAAGCAGCUGGCCAACAGUGACAA